UUCAGUGAAGAAGAGGAAUCCAUGUGAUGUUGAAUUAGGCUUUGUUGUGUUGAGCCGUUUUCAUGUGAUUUCUUCUCAUAUACUGCCUGUGAUAUACUUGAAUACCUUUCUCUAAAAUCUCAUCUCUUUCCCCUUAUAAAUUAAUGCAUCCCUUCCAUUCUCUCUUUCCAUUAUUCUUAUCUUCUUCAUUUAUUUACCAUCUAAUUUCCCUCUUCAACCUACAAAUUCUGCUAUGAAAAUUAUUUCCUUCUUCAUUACCGCUGCUCUUCUUCUCAUCCCUCUUCCUGCUGCCUUUGCUAGAACUGCUCGACGGCUUCCCCCACGUCAUGACGAUGAUGGUGAGGAGGAGUAUCCGGCAUGGCCAACAACAGGAGAGAGCGGAGGCGCCGUGGGGACACCGACCUCAAGUGCGGCAGAGGAGGAGAAGAAAAUGGCGGAGAAGCAAGGAAGAGAAGUAGUUGCAGUUGAAAUAGUAGGGUCAAGGUUGCCAGAUUGCUCCCAUGCUUGUGGGUCAUGUAGGCCUUGUAGAUUAGUAAUAGUUAGCUCAGCAUGUGCGUCUCUUGCUCAGGCUGCUGAGACAUGCCCUGUAUCAUAUAGGUGUAUGUGUAAUCACAAGUGUUACCCUGUUCCUUAAAAUAAAGCAUUUUUUCUCUUCA